AUGCAUGUCUCAAGUCUUUUGACCACCUCGUGGGUAGCAUUCGCUGUCUGCGUUGCCUCACAGGCGACAUCCUUCGAUUAUAUUAUUGCUGGAGGUGGUACCGCUGGUUUGGUCCUCGCCGCGCGGUUAACCGAAAAUCCGGAUAUCACUGUGGCAGUCAUCGAAGCCGGUGAAAACAGACUUGGUGACCUCACCAUUCUCGCACCGGGUCUUCUGACUGCCUUGUACACUGACCCGAAUUACGACUGGGACUUCCACACUGUUCCACAGACCAACGUUAACAAUAAAGUAUAUGCUCAACCUCGAGGCAAGGUCCUUGGUGGUUCCAGUGCUAUCAACUUCCUCUUUUGGACACAUCCGUCUCAGAAAGAUAUCAACAACUGGGGGACACUGGGGAACGCAAAUUGGACAUGGAAUGCACUAAAACCAUAUUUCAAAAAAUCGGAACAAUAUGUGGCACCAUCUCCACAGGUGGAGUCUGACCUCCAGACUCAAUAUAUCGUCCCAGGCUCCCAUGGAAAUUCUGGACCAGUAAAGACUGGGUUCCCGGACUGGUAUAGUGAGCUCACGGAGGCGUGGCCUCGAACAUUUGCCAACCGUGGCCUAGCAGUUAAUGGAGACCCCAAGGAUGGACUAGCCCUUGGAGGUUAUACCAAUCUUUUGAACCUAGAUCUUUCGUCCCACACGAGAAGCUAUGCUGCCACAGCCUACUAUGCUCCAAAUGCCGCUAGGCCAAACCUUAGCCUUUUCACGGGGUCAUUAGUAAAGAAGGUGGUAACCACAAGUGUUGGCAGUCAAAUCAUUGCUACUGGUAUCCAAUUUAUCAAGGAUGGAACUACAACUACCCUCACUGCUACCAAAGAAGUUAUUGUAUCAGCAGGCGCAUAUGGAUCACCUCAAAUCCUUGAACUAUCUGGCAUCGGAAAGCCCAGCCUUCUUAACCAACAUGGAAUUCCCGUUGUCGUAAACAAUCCGAAUGUUGGCGAGAACUUGCAAGAUCACGUUUACGUUCCUCUUGGGUUUGAGGUGAAUCCAGGAAUCUUUACCCUCGAUAGCUUUAGGGAUCAGCCUGUUUUCGACGCUGCUUUCCAAGAAUACCUAGUCAAUCAAACCGGUCCUAUUUCUGUCAGUGGGGCAAGUUCGGCAUUGUUGUCUCUUCGUCAAAUUGCAGGAAAUAACUAUAACCCCUCCACAUCUACAGCUGCAAGCACUGCAUCCUCUCUCAUUGGUCUGGGGUUACAGCAUGCUCUCCAAUACCAGGACCUGUCCACAGAAGCCGUAGCACAAGAGCUUACACUUGGGGCUGGUAUCACACCGAUUUGGCAAAACAAUACUAAGAAAUUAUUCGGGAAUGAACUUGAAGGAAACUAUUUAUCUCUCCUCGGUGUCCUCGAGCAUCCCUUCUCUCGGGGCUCCAGCCACAUCAAAUCUUCAGACCCAGCAGUCUAUCCAGCUAUCAAUCCCAAUUACCUUUCCCACCCCCUCGACAUUGAAAUCCUCUCAAAAAUUGUACUCCAUCUCCAAACAAUUGCUACAACCGCCCCGCUCAGCGACCUGCUGAAGGGGAACGGAACAGUUUAUCAAGAGGGGUACCAUAAGAUCACACCAGCUAAUGUAAAGGCGUGGGUCAAAACCGCGCUCCAGAGCGAAUUUCAUCCUUCGGGAACUUGUUCGAUGUUGCCAAAGGCUCUCGGGGGAGUUGUAGACGAGAGAUUUAAGGUUCACGGAGUUAAGAAGUUGAGAGUUGUGGAUGCUAGCGUCUUCCCAUUGCUUGUGAGGGCAAAUAUUCAGAGUUUGGUGUAUGCUGUCGCUGAGAGGGCAGCGGAUUUUAUCAAGGAGGAUCAGUAA